CCUUUAUUUGCAAUUGGAUUCUGAGUUGUUACUCCACCCUUAAGAAGUUUAUCCGCCUGUACAUGAAUUUGUAUUACAGCCACAGGAGGAGGGGGUAUGAAGACAAGGCAGUGUGGGCGGUUUACAAGAAGUGUUUGGUUUAGAAGAGUAAAAGAAAGAAAGAGCGAGAGACAGAUAAAGCUGAGGGGAGGAAGGAAGUCAGAGAUCAGAACUCAAUACACAUUGUUUUCCAGGACAUUUCAAGAAUACUGUGAAGACAGAGAGGAGGAUUUAUCACAUCUUUCUACCCUUUCCUUUCAAUUAGAAAAAUGAAAUCCAUAAUAAAGAGAUCUUUUUCAGACUUCUUCUUUGAAUACGAAACUCCACGGCAGGUUCUGGUCAAGAACAGAAGAGUUGCAGUUGUGUGCAGAAUCAUCCAGCUGGGCGUUUUAUCCUACAUCAUUGGGUGGGUGUUCAUGUAUGAGAAAGGCUACCAGACAGUGGAUACUGCCAUAAGCUCCGUCUUCACCAAGAUGAAGGGAGUGUCCUUCACAAACAUCAGUGGAAAGGAGAGGAUAUGGGAUGUAGCUGAUUAUGUUUUUCCUGAACAGGGUGACUCGUCUUUUGUUGUGAUGACGAACUACAUUUCUACUGAGGGACAGAAACAGGGCAAAUGUCCUGAGCUGUUAGAUGGGAAGAACAAGUGCACCUCGGACGCAGACUGUGAUGAGGGCAAAUACAAACGUACGGGAAAUGGGCAAAUGACGGGCAAGUGUGACACUACCACCAGUACUUGUGAGAUCUACUCCUGGUGUCCUGUUGAAGACGACCGUAAAGUACCAGACCCUCCAAUCCUGUGGACAGCAGAAAACUACACACUGUUCAUCAAAAACUCCAUUACUUUUCGCCAGUUUAAUGUAGUAAGGAGUAACUUGGUGGAGAGUGUAAACCAGAGUUACAUCAAUACGUGUUUGUAUCACAGCCAGACUGAUCCACUGUGUCCUAUCUUCAGACUAGGAGACAUUGUUGAGCGCUCCGGGUUCAAUUUCUCUGAGAUAGCUUGGAAGGGUGGUGCUAUAGGAGUCCUCAUUGACUGGGACUGCAAUCUGGACCUGAAUAUUAGACACUGCAAACCAAAGUAUGAAUUCUAUGGUCUUUACGGAACAGGGAAAAACGACAAAGAGGAGAAACCAUCAUUGGGAUACAAUUUUAGAUAUGCUAAAUAUUAUGUGGAGGAUAAAGUGGAGAAGAGAACACUAAUGAAGGUGUAUGGUGUACGGAUAGACAUCAUUGUUCACGGACGGGCAGGAAAAUUUGAUAUCAUCCCAACGCUGACGGCCAUAGGUUCAGGAGUAGGAAUCUUUGGAGUAGCCACCGUUGUGUGUGAUUUGCUCCUUCUAUAUUUACUUCCAAAGAGAGAUUUCUAUAAAAGCAUGAAAUUCAAGCAUACAGAAGUCCAGGAAGAGAAUCCAACCUUGCCCCCGUCAGAGAAAGAAAGAGAGAUACAGAAGGAGUGAAGUCAGACGGCUGCCAUGACGACUACUGCACUGAAAAAAACAACAACACCUUAAGACGGUCCGAAGGAACUGUCAAACAUCACUUUUCUUUUCUAAAUUAAUUUCUGUCCCAAACUACUGAAAACAUAUUCAAUUAUUGUUUUGAUUUAAGACAGCUAAUCUCCACUGGGUGUGUUAGUAGAGAGGCUCAGGGCUGUAAAGAAACAAUUUUAUAAGGUGUUAACAGGGUGUACAGAGUUUUUUACAGAAAUUUUAUUUUUGUCUUUACAAACAGGGUAAUGUCUGGAUAUGUCACCCAUAUAUUGUACAAAUCUAGAUACUGUAUCUCCUUAAAAGAGUUAUUUUACUAUUCUUCUUGUAGCAAGUCAAACUGUGAUGCAAACUGUGACCCUGUGAUUUUUGUGUGAAUUAACGUUUAGAUGGUCAAUGAAUCAUCUGAGGCUUAAAGGGUUAGUUCACCCAAAAAAUAAAUUAUGUUGCUCAUGCCGUUCCACACCCGUAAGACAUUCGUUUAUCUUCGGAACACAAAUUAAGAUAUUUUUGAUGAAAUAAGCCUGCAUCACCAGUAAUAACACUUCCUUUUUCAGUGCCCAGAAAGCUACUAAAAACAUUUAAAA